AUCACACCACCGAACAGCACCCGCAAGCAACGCCAACACGAUGCUGGUCGCGUUGAAUUUGAGGCAGAAAUUUCUGACACUAUGCGGCAUCACAGCUGCGGCCGUAGCCGCGUCAUUAGUGAUCGGACAAAGAUUGAUACCGCAGUCGAUACUGACCGGUAUCGUUUUUUACCUCAUUUCCGGCGAUCGGCCCUCGACCGUGUACGCGAGCAUCGUGUCACUGCCGCGGGACCUACGAACUGCAGUUAUCUUCCUGAAGCUUAACCUAAGCCUUUACCGAUACGAGCGAGCCGGUGCGACGGUAGUACAAAUCUUCGAGCGCGUUGUCGCCCGCCACCCGAACAAGGUAGCGUUCCUGAUGGACGAUGGGCAGCUGACGUUCGCCCAGGUGAAGCAGCUAGCCGACCGCAUUGCGGCCCACUUUUACGCGAAGGGUUUCCGGAAGGGCGAUACGAUAGCGCUGCUGAUGGAGACCCGGCUCGAGUAUCCGUGCAUCUGGCUCGGUCUGUCGAAGGUCGGCAUCGUGACGGCGCUGAUCAAUUCGAACCUGCGGAAGGAAACGCUGCGUCACUCGAUAACGGUGGCUAAUUCGAAGGCAAUCAUCGUCAGUACGGAGCUGGCCGGAGCGAUCGCCGAAAUAAACGAGCAGGAAGGCAUAAAAGGCUUACCGGUACAUCUAUUCCGCACCGACGGUGCCGACACCAGCAGCAGUAGUGACCCAUUGCCAGAUGUCGAAGAUUUAAGGCUCAGCGUGGAUAGUGGCAGCAGUAGCUCAAACGUAGAUUUAAGCGGUAUCCCGAAUGAUAUAUCACCGAAAGAUAAAUUGGUUUACAUCUAUACGUCCGGCACGACCGGCAUGCCGAAGGCGGCCGUCAUCACAAACCUGAGGUACACGUUCAUGGCCUUGGGAUGCUAUUACAUGCUGAGCUUCCGCGAUGACGACAUCAUUUAUAAUUCAUUGCCACUGUACCAUUCGGCGGGCGGUAUGAUCGGUGUCGGCAGCGUGCUGCUGUGCGGUGUGACAGCCGCCCUGCGCAAGAAGUUCUCAGCCUCCAACUUCUGGACGGACUGUAUCCGGUACAAGUGCACGGUGGCACAAUAUAUCGGUGAAAUAUGUCGCUUCGUACUGAUGACACCAGCGAAACCGACGGACACGCAGCACAGCGUGCGGCUCAUGUUUGGAAAUGGACUGCGGCCACAGAUAUGGCCUCAGUUUGUGUCGCGGUUUAACAUUAAGCAGAUCGGAGAAUUUUAUGGCUCAACCGAAGGCAACUCAAAUUUGUUGAACAUCGACAACACGAUGGGAGCCGUAGGUUUCGUUCCCAACUUCGCUAAAGCCAUCUAUCCAGUAACAUUGAUAAGGUGCGAUGAAGAAACUGGUGAGAUUAUCCGAGGCCCGGAUGGUUUCUGCAUCAAGUGCAAACCGGGCGAGCCGGGUGUGUUUGUCGGUAAAAUCAACCCUAAAAAGGCACUGAACUCGUUCGUCGGCUACGCGGACAAAGCAGCCUCAGAGAAGAAGGUUCUGCACGACGUCUUCCGCAAAGGCGACAUUUUCUUCAACUCGGGUGACAUUUUGGUGCAAGAUUUGCUCGGAAAUUAUUACUUCAAGGACCGAACGGGCGAUACAUUCAGAUGGCGCGGUGAGAACGUAGCUACAUCCGAGGUGGAGGGUGUCAUCACAACGAUCGUAGGGUUAAAGGAUUGUGCCGUUUACGGUGUGGAUAUCCCCGAAACGGAAGGUAAAGCCGGUAUGGCCGCGAUCGUCGAUCCCGACAAUAAGGUUGAUAUGGAACAGCUAGCGGCCGGAAUUCGGGCCAGUCUGCCAGCGUACGCAAGACCUCUCUUCAUACGCGUCCUAUCCGAGGUACCGAUGACGACAACGUUCAAGCUAAAGAAGCGAGACCUGCAGGUGGACGGUUACGAUCUGAACAAAAUUAAGGAUCCAAUUUAUUUCCUCCAAAGCAACGGUACCUAUCGAUUGUUUACCGCAGAAGAUCACGAAGUCAUCAAGAGUGGUAAAGCAAGGUUAUGA